AUGAUUGAUGUGUUUGGACAUCCUGAGGUCUCUCGUAAACCUGUUUCAGAGGUUGAGCUAAAAGACUUCGGUUUGCCCUCGUCUGCCGGAUCACAUUCCUUUGUGAAAGUUUCCUUUGAUGACACUCCUAAAAUGUCCACCUACAUCGUGGCAUUCGUCAUCGGACGCUUUGACUACAUUGAAGCAAUGGAUGCUAACAAUGUCCGCAUUCGUGUCUAUACGCCUCCCAAACGUAAAUACCUUGGUGCUCAUGCUCUAAAAAUGGCUACAUCAGCCAUUCCCUUCUUUACCGAGGUCUUUGGUGCCGAAUAUCCCCUCCCGAAGCUUGACCUUGUCGCUAUUCCGGACUUUGCUAUGGGAGCUAUGGAGAAUUGGGGCCUUCUGACUUAUAGAGAAACCGCAUUGUUGAUCGAUGAGGAACAAUCUUCUCUCUCCUCAAAGCGUCAUGUUGCUCUUACCGUGGCCCACGAAUGUGCUCACAUGUGGUUCGGUAAUCUUGUUACCAUGAAGUGGUGGACCCAUCUUUGGCUCAAUGAAGGCUUUGCUACUUGGAUUUCCUACUUGGCUGUAGAUCACUGCUUCCCUGACUACGAUAUUUGGACGGUCUUCUUGACUGUGGAAUUCUAUUCUGCUAUGGCAGUUGAUGAACUCAAGACCAGUCAUCCUAUUGAGAUUGAAGUUUGCUCUCCGGCUGAAGUUGACGAAAUUUUUGAUGCAGUGUCUUAUGAGAAGGGAGCGUCUAUCAUUCGCAUGAUCAAUGACUACAUGACACCUGAGAAAUUCAGGAAAGGUCUUCAGUUAUACAUUGAGCGUCACAAGUUCGGGAACACCGAAACCAACGACUUAUGGAAGGCGCUUUCCGAAGAAAUGAGGGAAGACAUGCAAGCAAUAAUGUCCACUUGGACAAGGCAGAUGGGUUAUCCCUUGCUGACUGUUCGAAAAGUGAACGAAGAUGACAAUAAGGUGACGUAUGCUAUCGAUCAGCAGCAUUUUCUUGCGGAUGGCUCUCAUGAUGGUAUAAACGAUGAAUCUGAAUGGUGCGUUCCUGUGACAAUUUGCGAUGCCUCGGAUUCAAGUAAAAUUCUCAAACGAUUUCUGCUUCCACGGGAGGCCCGAAAGGUGCCCUUUGAGAUAGAAUUGCCAGUCGGCACGAAGUUUCGUCUAAAUCCCGGUGCGACUGCUUUCUAUAGAGUUCGGUAUGAGGAAUCCCUCAUUGGACCUGUAUUGGAAGCCCUUGAACAAAAGAAGUUGGAUAAUAAGGACAGGCUCAGUGUUCUGGCCGACGAAUUUGCUCUGGCUCGGGCUGGAUUCAAAAAAAUGACUUUAGCCAUGACAAUGGCUUCAACUUUCCACGCUGAGAAUGACUACGCUGUGUGGUGUGAACUUCGUUCCCAACUCGUUAGUUUGAGAUCUCUCCUAGAGGAGCAAUCCCCUUCCGUUAUGAAAGACUCUGCAUUCGAAGGUGCUGAUCUCAAGGUGGCCAUGAAUGCCUUUAUUACUCAUCUUGCGCAGACGCCCUACAAAAAUCUUGGUUGGGAGGCCCGUGACAACGAGCCCAAUAAUGAUACCCUCUUGCGUCCCCUUAUUGCCUCUCUAUUGGGUGGUAGCGGUUUUAUUGACGCGGUAAAUGAAGCCAAAGAGCGCUUCGAUCGUCACUACAAUGCCAUAAUGUCGGGUGAGGACUCAAACUCUAAGGACCUCAUCCAUCCUGAUAUUCGUGUUUCCGUUUACUCAACUUGUAUGAGACAUGGUGAUGAGAAAACCCUUGAUCGUCUGCUUGAGGCAAGUAGUUUAACUAUUGAAUUGUUAUUUAUGCAGACGUUGCAUUCGAAGGCAACGAUCCACGAUGAAAGAGUUCGCAUUCUGCAUAGUAUUGGUUCUACAAGAUCGGAAUCCUUAGUGAAACGUGUCAUUGAGUUGACAUUCUCCGAUCUGGUGCGUAAACAGGAUCGUCUGAGACCGUUGAUUGUCCUCUCCUGUUCAUCUGCUGUCGGUCGUCGUGCAGUGUGGACCGAAAUUAAAACCCGAAUCGAAACUCUUGUUGAUGACCUCGGUGUUGUUCGUCUAAUGGGACGUGUGAUCAGUGUAAGAGCCUUUUAG